AUGACCGAGGUGAUUGAGCUUCUGUCAUCAUCGCCCGUCAAAUGUCCCCCAGCCAGGAAGACAUUUUUCGACGAUGUUGAUUUUGAUAUCGACAACUUUGAAGUAACGGGUUCAAUUGAUUUCGAGAUCAAUAGGCCCUCUAAGAGGAAACGCACAAAUCCGGUUGUAGGUUCGCCUUCAACCCUUGACAGUGCCAAUGUUGUCCCUGAGAUCUUUUCAAGUGACGGGUCCCAGGGAGACUCCAAGCUCAUUACUUCUGUGACUGCGUUCUCGCGUCCCUCAGAGCCGAAGAAGACCCAUUUUCUUGAUGACAUCACCUUCUCAUCUCCCGCUCUAGAACCAUUGACAACGCACAAGAGGAAGGACGUGGAUGGUUCGCGGAGGCUCCCAUCAGAUGGAUUUGAAGGCGAUCUCUCUGUCGACGACCCAUUCUGUCUGCCACAGCCAAUGCAGACCGGCUAUGAUCACAGAACGAUGACCCUUCUGGCUAACCUUAAUCCGGAGUCUACCGAAGAAACGAGUAUGACAUCGAGGCCCUCAAAAGCAAAAUCGACGCAGAAUUUGUCAACGGGGCGGGCACCACCCAAGAUUUUCGAUGACAUCGAAUUCUCGUCCAGUCCUGUGAUCGCCAAAAGCACCAAACCCUGCAAACUGCCUCAAACAGACACGGCUGUCAAGGAUGGUCGGAGGGCAGCAGAAAAGACCACGGCAAGGGCAGAGCGACAGGCUCUAAAGGAAGUUGAGAAAGAGAAGAGAAAGUUGGAGAGGGAACAGAAGGCGAAGGAGAAGCAGAAGGCGGCGGAUCUUGCGGAAGUCAACAAAUCACGCAUGAAUAAGAAAGACGCAACCCCAGAAAUGAUCUUGGAUAUGUCGAGCUUUCUUAAAGAUACAAGCGUCGGCAAUCAAGUUGAAGAGCGCAUGAAGAACGUCCAGGUCGAGGUCAACUAUGUGGACGAGCAGGUCAACUUGGUCGACGAAGACGGCGAACCAGUGCAACAUGGAAGCAUUGCCACCUGGCGCCGCAAGGUGAAGUCAACGUACAACGACGAGGACGAUUUGUGGGAACCCACCUCCAGAUGCCGCAUCGUGAAUGAAAACCAUGUUUUGAUUCAUUUGCCCGCUGCAGACUUUGUUGCUAUGGCAGCCACGUCGCGGUCAGGGGCUGUGGCCUGCGUGGUGCGCGAGGAGCAAGAGCUCAAGGCAAACUUGGAUGCUCAUGUUUCGUCGAUACGCCGGCGUUUCGGCGACUGCGUUCCAAUCUAUCUGAUCGAAGGACUCCGCAGUUGGCUCCGGAAGAGUGAGAAUGCGAAGAAUCGAGCAUACACUGCUGCUGUCCGAGCCCAGAUGUUGCAGACUGACGGCGAGAACUCAGCUAACAUCGAUCCUGCUCCGUCCCAGGCUAGGAGCCGGAAGAGGAAGAAGCCUUCGACCGAGUCAAUGGACUUUUCUGUCGUGACGUCCGAUAUGGUCGAUGACCUGCUCCUCCAUCUUCAACUGGCUCACCAACCGAUACUGAUCCAUCAUACGUCGACACCAGCGGACUCGGCGUUUCAGAUAUGUGCAUUCACUCAAAAUCUUUCCACUCGGCCAUAUCGCCUGGCUCAGCUUGAAUAUAACCUCAAGUCUGCGUCGUUCUGCAUGGACAGUGGACAAGUCCGGACCGGAGAUGAUCCCAAAGACACAUUUGUGAAAAUGCUUCAGGAGGUCCAGAGAGUGACUCCCAGCAUGGCCUACGGCAUCGUCGAAGAAUACAAGAGCAUUCGAAAGCUGGUGAAAGGGUUCGACAAGCAUGGCAACCUGAUGCUUGAGGAUGUUCGCAAGACCGUGAACAAAGACGGCGGGUGGAGCGACAAGAGAUUGGGUCCGCAGAUUAGCAAGCGACUGUACAAGGUUUUCAUGGGCAGGGACCCUUCAUCGACGGAUGGGAUGUCAUGA